GUGGGCUAUUAAUACUGAUACGAUAAUCCUUUCAUUAGCGAAAGGGAAACGCCAAGUGGAGCAAAGUGUAGAAAGUGUUGGCUCGUGGAACUACUUUUCGCGCUCCCGGACUCCAGCGUGAAGGACUAACAAGCAUAUUAUCCGCCAUUCAUUGGUUAAUCGAAAAAGGCUCCAGUCUGCAACCUGUACCCGUAUCGAGUGUCUAUAGUUGGUUAAUGCUGGCCGAAGUGGCCUGUCUUAGAGUACAAGUAUCCCUACAAGUGGCUUGGGAAAGCUCGGGGUAGAAAAUGGGAAAUUUAAGAGAAGGCAGACCAGGCCGAGGAUUUGCAGCGAUUCUGCUGCUUGCUAUCGGAUUGUUGGCUGAAGUUUCUGGCACAAGUGCAGCAGCAGCAGCAGCGGCGGCCACUCGAUCCGAUUCUCCAUCGGCGGCACAGGCUUACUUCGAUGCCGUUGCACCGGAAGAUCGUGAAAAUUUCAUCAAGUUUCACCUGGACAAGGCACUGGAGCAACGCAUACCGUACUACAAGAGCAGCACACCGAAGGACUUUCAGUUCACCACCUACCAGGACUCGAUGGAACCGGAGCACUUUUCCGUCAACCUGUUGGACCACUUCAUGACCUCGUUCGGGCUCGACCAGCUCGAGGUGUACGAGUUUGUCGCGCUCGCCGUCAUCUGCUUCCCGUCCGGCUGGUGCUUCAAUCCGGACGACGUCGGUAACAUCUGCUGCCCGUUCUGA